GUUAACCUUUGUGUCCGGAAACGGAAGCGGGCCCGCUCGGCUUUCGCUGCAACAGAACGAGUCAGUUAGCAGAACACAUUUAUAUAUCUGAUACAUUUAUAUGUCUAUAUAACCAUGGCUCUGGAAUCAAGAAUCACACAGGAGGAAAUCAAGAAAGAACCAGAGAAGCCAAUUGACAGAGAAAAGACUUGCCCCCUACUGCUGCGGGUCUUCACCACCAACAGCGGCCGACACCACAGAGUGGAUGAGUUUGCCAGGGGAAACGUCCCUUCUAGUGAACUUCAGAUAUACACAUGGAUGGAUGCAACUCUGAAGGAGCUGACCAGUUUGGUGAAGGAGGUAUAUCCAGAGGCCAGGAAAAAGGGGACACAUUUCAGCUUUGCCAUAGUUUACCCUGACCCCAAGAGGCAGGUCUACAGAGUGAAAGACAUCGGCAGUACCGUAUCUGGCAGGAAGGGGGCAGACGACUCCAUGACACUUCAGUCUCAGCGCUUCCAGAUUGGAGAUUAUCUGGACAUCGCCAUCACACCACCUAACAGAGCCCCGCCCCUCAGCACACGCAUGAGACCCUUCUGAACACACACACACACUCACACUCACAAAUACAUACAACACAUCCCAAUCUGUGUGACUUUUUUUUUUUAAACACAUUUUUUUUCUGAUGCUACAUUUGACUUCCUUGCCUCGUUUUAUAAAAUGUGACGUGUAAUAAAGUUGUUUUUUGUUUUUUUCCAAUCA